AGAAAAGGGACAAUUCCAUAGGGAGAGAGAAAAAGAAAGUAGUUAAUGAAACAAAAAAAAUCAUAAAACAACCUCGUUUCCAUAACAACAAUGUCACUCUUCUACCUUAAGUCAAUUCCUAGUUUACUUUCAAAGUUUUUCUUCAUGAACAUGAAUAUUUUCUUCUACUUUACUCUGCCUAUGUGAUGGAUGGUUUAAUUUUAAGGAUCGUUGAUUUUACAAAACAAAAUUUGGGUUUGUGUUUGAGAUUGUGAUGGGAAGUAAUAGUAGAAGAAUUGAUGGUGAAGGAACUUCUGGAAUUAAAAGGGUUGAAGAUGAUGAUGAAGAUGAUGAAUAUGAACAAGAGAUGAAUUUUAUGCCUUCUCAAAUUCUUCUUGACAUGCAACAGGUCCCUGGAAUGAUGAGUCAAGCUGAAUCGCCGCAAAGAUGGAUGCACAACACAUACGCAGAAACAGUGGUUCAUGAAAGUUUGCAAAGUGCGAGGAUUAUAUGGAAUUAUGGAGGUUCCAAUGUUGCUAUUGCAGGUUCAUGGGACAACUGGAAAACAAUAGAGGCUUUGGAGAAUGUAGGUGAAGGAUUCGAGAUUAUUAAAACACUUCCAAUAAGAAUCUAUCAUUAUCUUUUCUACGUAGAUGGUAUUUGGACAUACGCGCCUGAGUUUCCAUCGUAUCAUGAUAAUUUAGGUUAUGCCUACAAUAUAUUGGAUUUGCAGAAUUAUAUUGCACCAAGAAUGCAUGAAUCUGAAUAUCCAUCAUCGCCUCCGUCGAGUUACGAUAACAUACUCUUAAAUGAAGAUGAUUUCAACAAGCCUCCACCAGAAUUACCACCACAACUAAGAGCUAUAAUAGCAGACGAAUAUGCGUCGACGAGCAAUGCUGGACCUGUUUCAGUCCCUACUUUAACACAUGUGAAUUUGAAUCAUUUAUACGUUUACAAAUCUGAUGAUGAACAAUUUGCGGCACUAAGAUCAACUCAAAGGUUACAACAAAAAUUUGUAACUAAAGUGAUGUAUAGAGAAAAAUUUCUUUGAGAAUAUUUUUUAUGGUCAUUGAUUUAAUAGGUAGAAAAUUGAUUGGAAUAGGUAAAUUUUAAGAAUUUAUUUUCAUGUAAUUAAGUUUAGGAAUAGUUAUUUAUUUA